UCAAUAUUUUCCACAGCGAUUAAGAUUCUUUUUUAAGAAAGAAAAAUAAUUUAUUUUCCCAUCAAUUGAACGAAAUUGAAAUGGUAUUUGCGAUGGAAGCUCGUCGUCUUUUGUUCAAUCGAGGUCUUUUGACUCAGAUUCGAUACCUCAAUACGUCGUCAUCGGAUUCAGCGGCCGCUGCUGAACCAGCAUCAGCCAAAAAACCACGCAUUAAAACAUUCGAAAUUUAUCGAUGGAAUCCAGAUAAGCCCAAUGAAAAGCCACACAUGCAAAAAUAUGAAAUCGAUUUGAACGAUUGUGCACCAAUGGUCCUGGAUGCAUUGCUAAAAAUCAAGAACGAAAUCGAUCCAACGUUGACAUUCCGACGAUCGUGUCGUGAAGGCAUCUGCGGCUCAUGCUCUAUGAAUAUUGGCGGCACAAAUACAUUGGCCUGCAUCAGUAAAAUCGAUACAGAUCUGAGUAAACCAAGCAAAAUCUAUCCAUUGCCUCAUAUGUAUGUGGUUCGCGAUUUGGUACCUGACAUGAGCAACUUUUAUAAACAAUACACCUCAAUUCAACCAUGGUUGCAGAGAAAGAACAAUGAGAAAAAGGGUGAUGCGCAAUACUUGCAGGAUGUUGAGGAUCGUAAACAGCUUGACGGUUUGUAUGAGUGUAUUUUGUGUGCAUGUUGUUCAACCUCGUGCCCGUCAUACUGGUGGAAUGCGGACAAAUACUUAGGCCCAGCCGUUCUUAUGCAAGCUUACCGUUGGGUAAUCGACUCACGUGAUGAAUCGACCGAAGAGCGACUCAAUCGUCUCAAGGAUCCAUUCAGUGUCUAUCGAUGCCAUACAAUUAUGAAUUGCACAAAGACAUGCCCGAAGGGUUUGAAUCCAGGUCGUGCGAUUGCUGAGUUAAAGCGACUUUUGUCCGGUUUGAACAAGAAGCCCGAACCAAAAUUAGAAACAGCCGCACUGCAUAAGAAAUGAAGUGUAUAGAAAUCAAAGUAAAAAUAGCCAACCGAUGAACCAUUCAAUCCGAUUAUUUUUCGUUAUCGACCCCGAUUAAUUUUUCUGGAUCCAGUUUGAUUGCGGUGCUUCUUCUACUCGUUGUAAAACAUCCAAACACCCGCCGCCGCUGGUUUAUGCAAAUUCAAUUCAAUGAAUUUGCCACACAGUUGUAAUCGAUUCGUUUUUAUUUACUAAAUAAAUAAGUAUGGAUUUCUUGUUUGCUAUGAA